AUGUUCGUCCGACUGCGUGGUGUGGUGUACCUGUUGGUACUUCUGCAAUGUUGCGCGUAUGUGGCCUAUGCAAGUGCUCCUGCGACUCCUCCCAAACCCUAUGAUUAUAGUCGACCCGCGUACGGAGAGGAAUACAAACGUGAAACGGAGGAACAUGUGGCGUAUUGGAAGGGAGCAAUUCAAGAAUUAAAAACCAAGAUGGAGAAGGAGAGGGGUGAGGUUGAUGCUGCCCUCCAGGCGUUUAACAUCUCAAAGAACAAGUACAAUACCACAGUUGAGAAUGCUCAGGAGAAGUGCAAGGCAUUUACCAAAGACGGUAAUGAUGGGACACUGAAUCGUGCCGCCAUUGGGGAGAAGGCCACGGAACUUCGGAAAGAGUGCGCUCUUGCCGUAAAUGAGGUGGUAAAUGCUUCUGAAGAGAUGGUUGAAAAAGCCAAAGAACGUGUUGCUGCCGCAGAAAAAUUUAAUGCGACUGUGUUUGAACUGUACAAGAAAAGUCAUGAUUAUAAAUAUUUCAUCAGUGCUGUCGCGAAAAAAAACACCCGUUAUGCGCGGGAUUCGACUGAUGCCGAGAAAGAUGUCGAUGCUUUCAGAAAACUGAAGACUGCCGCAAAGAGGGCAAAGAAUAGUUCCACACGCGUCAGAGAUGCGGCGAUUAAAGAAUCUGAGGAACUGAAAAAAGCAGUGGGUGAGGCCAGGGAGUUUUUGGAGGACAGCACUAGAAGUCCGGAGACCGUGGUAGAAAAGGUGGUGCCUGUCGUACAAAGGAUGCGACGAGACCUUGGUUCGGUGGACAACACCACAGAAAGUAUGGAAGAAGAACAUGAGACAGAGGAACACGAACUGGGGACAGCUGAAAAUGCGACGACUGCGAAGCAACAGAAUGAACCACAUGUACUGUAUGAAAACAUCCGAGGCGAUGGUUCCAUGGAAAGGACGGUUACAACCAAUGCCCAAACCGCUGCUGAAAAAUUGAAGUCCCACAAUGUGCAAACUGAAUCUCAUUCUACAAGUACCGUGCAUAUCAAUAUAUCUGGAUUCAUUGACGGCACCAGCAGCCCUGCAUUGGCGCACGGUUCCAUGCUGCUUCUUGUUCUG